AUGAGCGAAAUUGGAAGAAUUGACAACUCAAAGUUUAUUUUGUUCGCAGCGUCGGAUGUCGAAGGCAGCUUGAUGUCGAUGGUAGACUUCAGAUACUGGCGUUGCGUUAUGAAACGCGAAUGGAAGUGUCCGGAUAGCGAGAUCAACUUUUUUUUGUACACACCGGAAUGGCCUCAUCCACGGUGGAUUGAUCUCCGGCAUAGCGAUUUGAGGGACUUCGGGUGGAAGCAGUCUAGGAGGAAUGUAUUCAUCAUACAUGGUUUCAAUGGAACUCAUGCCAAGACGCCUAUGUCUUUCCUAAGAGACGCCUACCUCUCGCGUAAGGAUUACAAUGUUUUCAUGGUUGAUUGGUCCAGACUGUCCAGAUUCCCGUGUUAUUUGUCGGCGCUUUCUAAUAUGAGAUUGGCCGCCCAGUGCACCGCCCAGCUGUAUUCGCUCUUGACGCAAGCCGGGGCGCUCGCCAAAAUGACCACGUGCGUGGGCCACUCGCUCGGGGCGCACGUGUGCGGAAUGAUGUCGAUGCACCUCACGGAGAAGCAGUACAAGAUCGUCGGUAAGUAC